AUGGAGAAUACUGUUUCGUUACAGAUUGUUGAUUACACCGUAAUAGUGUUAACAUUGUCUGUCUCUUUGGGGAUCGGAAUCCUGUUUGCUGUAAAAGAUUUCAAAAAUGUCAACAGAACAGAGUUUCUACUUGGUGGACGACGCAUGUUCAUGUUGCCUGUUGCAUUAUCUAUUUUUGCAACGUUUACAUCAGGCAUUGCUCUUGUGGGUAUGCUCACUGAUAUCUACAUGAACGGAUGCAUGGCGGCUGCGCUGAUUGCAGGAAUCACGAUAGGUUACAUUGUUGCUGCGUUUACUAUUGUGCCUUUGCUGUAUCCGCUGCGAUUGACAAGUCUGUAUGAAUACCUUCAGCUGAGGUACCACUCCACAACUCUACGGAUAUUUGUUGUUCUCGUGGGAAUGCUACAAACUCUGUGCUACAUGGCAAUAGCUCUUCUCUCUCCAGCAUUAGCAUUGCAGGCCGGUGCCAGCCUACCAAUGUGGGUGUCUGUAGGCAUUGUGGGUGUCAUUGGGACUGUCUACUCCGCCAUCGGAGGAAUCAAGAGU